AUGUCCUCCAAGGAUGAAGAACUUGAAGAGAUGCUUAUGAGAUAUGAGAAUCUUGAGAAGCACAAUUAACUAUUGCAAACUCAAAAUUUAAAUUUGAUGAAUCAAUUACAAAAUAUAUAGCAAGUAUGUGGAAUCCUUAUAAUAUUAAGACUGCUAAGUAAUUAGAAACAGAAAACAAUGAAUUAAUUGAUUAAAUUGAGAAUUUAAAGAAUGAUUUACGAACUCAAUUUUAACUUAGUCAAAGUUUGAGAUAAGAGAAUGAAUUCUUUGAAAAUUAAUUACAAGAUUAUAGAAAAGAAUUAGAGUAAGGAGGUCAAUACUAUCAUAAAUUAUUAGAAGACAAUGACUAAUUUAAAACACAUCUAUAGCAAAAAAAUUAAUAAAUUGAAUAUUUGACACAAGAGAAUAAUAUGUAUAAGGAUUAAAUGCUCCAAUUAUAAGAGGAAAAUGAUUUGAUUACAUAAGAAAUAACUAACUUACAUGAUUUACUUAAUCAAAAUGAACUUUAUCAUCAAGAUCCUAUAAAUAUCUAAAAUUCUGAUUAAAAGAAAAAUAAAAAAUAGAAUAGAAGAUAAAUAAAAGAAUUAGAGAGAUUAGUAAUUAAAAGAGAAUAAGAAUUAAGUCAUUUAUAUGGUAAGAUUGAGGAUAUGAAAAAUUAUAUUACAUAAAUUAAACUUCAAUCUGAUAAAUAUGAAUAAAAUUUAUAACAACUAUAUAAAGAUUAUUAAUAAAUGGAAGCAGAAAGAAAUAAAUAUGCUCAUAAAAUUGAUUAGAUGUAAAAUUAUAAUGAAAGAUAUUCAACUUUAUAAUAAUAGUUAUAAAAUUAAGAGAAACAUAAAAAUAAAGAAUAUCAUUCAUUAAAAAAUUAAUAUGAUCAAUUAUAAAUGCAUAAUUUGUAAUAUUAAUAAUAAAUACAAAGUAUAAAUGAUGAAUAUGGAAAAUUAUCCUAAUAAUGUAUAGAUUUAUAAGAAUUAAAUGAAUAAUAUAUGCAAGAAUCUUAAAUUUUAAAAGAUUCUUUAAUUGAAAAGGAUUAGAAAUUAGAAAGAAUGUAAUUACAACUAUAACAAUUAUAAUAGAAAGAUCUUUAAAUUUAAUAAUAAAUGAGAGAUCAAAAUUAAUAGAUUAAAGAAUUCUAAAAUAAUAAAUAGGAAUUUUAGAGUUAGAUAAUAUAAUUAUAAAGAGAUAAUUAAUAAUUUUGUAAUUAGAUAAAUACAUUAAAAGAAUUAUAAUCUAAAGAACUUAAAGAACAUCUUAAUAUUUAAGAAUAAUUUAAAAAAGAAAAGUAAACUUUAAUAGAUAGAAUAAAGAUGUAAGAUGAAAAAAAUUAAGAAUUAGAAAUUAAAUAUAAAAAUAUUGAAAUACAUUUAAAAUAAAUUGAAGAAGAAAGAUUAUAUAGAGUUUAAGCUGAAUAGUAUUAUUUUUCUAUAUUAUUAGAUCUUUUGAGGAAGUGUCUUAAUAAUGUAUGUAAUUAUAAGAUUAAAAUAGAGAUCUACUUAGAUAAGUAGCUAAUCUUGAAAAUGAAUUAUAAAGAAAUGAAGAUGAAUUAAAGUAACUAAAAAAAAAUAAUAAAAAGUAUUUAUAUAGGUUAAUACAAGUUCUUAGAAUUUUGAUAAAACAACUUAGUAAUUGAUAUUAAAAGAUAGGGAAAUUUUACAUCUCUAAUCAGUAGUAGAAAGAUUAGAGGGUAUGAAUAGACAAUUAUAAUAAGAAUGUGAUAGAUUGGCUGCUAAAAUUUAAUUAACAUCUCAUGAGAAUUCAUUAUUGAGUAAGACAAAUAGAGAAAUUAAUUAAAUGGGUCGUUUAAUUUUAGAAGGUUAAUAGAUAAAAGAAAUGUUAGAAAAGAAAAAAUAUGAAAAACCUUUAACAAUUACUAAUAAUAAAGCUCCUUAAGUUAUUCAAUAAUUAUAAUAACAUAGUAGACGACCAUCUGUUAAAAAAUCUUGA